CGGCCGUGUGACGCCGCUCGCCGCGUCGAUACCGUCGCGUCCGCCCGCUCGCAUGCCGGCACCACCUCGCACCAACAUCACCAGUGACAGUGAUGCGCCAACACUAAACAACCGAACCCCCUCGACGCAAACCUUCACGCUACCUAUCCCCGAUGAUGGUACGACGCAGCGGACGUUACACCGUCAACUGGCGUGGAUUUAAAGACAUUCUGGGAAACAAACCGCCUGACGAAGAAAAAGAAGACAAGAAACCAGAAGAGGAUCUUUCAAAUCACGACGUAAUAUUUUUGAAAAGUAUAAUAGAAAGUCCCGAUUUUGGUCGUAGAUGUGAGUCUACAGAAUCGGAGGAAGACUUGAUUGUAAAACCCGUAUCCCUGGGCAACGUUGAUAUAAUAAAGACGCUAAGCGAGUACAGGGGACACAACAUUAGAACUAUUGAACAAGCCGAAUUAGCUAUACUUCUUUCGAGAGUACAUUUCAGGGCUUUAAUAGAUGCUCAUGACAAAAUAGGUGCAAUCUGGUUAGAACGUGGCUCAGGUGUUGAUGAGAAAGCUAUAGAGAAAGAAGGUACUAAAGAGACUGCUGAGGGUGCCAGUGGUAGCCCUGAGGAAAACGGAGAUAUGCCUAUAGAGACUGUGAAAGUAGUGGGAUUGCGGAAGGUGCCUGGGCAACCCUUAGGACUCACAGUAACAACUGAUGAACAUGGGCAGCUGAUAGUGGCUAGAAUACUGGCAAGCAGUGCUGCUGCCAAACAGGCUUUGCUCUCAGUAGGGGAUGUCUUACUCGAAGUUGAUGGAGUACAGAUAAACUCAGAAGACCAACUCAAGGAAGCUGUCUCCAAACCCAAUGACAGGGUAUCUUUGAAAGUUGGACCAAAUCUCAAAGAAAAGAGUAGCCAGCUCACUAAUAAACUUAGUUGUUAUAUGAGAGCCUUAUUUGACUAUGACCCUAAAGAAGACACAUUAAUACCAUGUAAAGAAAUUGGAUUAGAAUUCAAAAGUGGUGAUAUCUUACAAGUUUCAGAUAGAAAAGACCCUAAUUGGUGGCAAGCCAGUCGAGUUGAAAAUCCAGAUGUGGUUGGACUAAUACCAUCUCCAGAACUAGAAGAACGGCGCAAAGCGUAUGUUCCGCCUGAAGCAGAUUUCGUUCACAAAAUCAGUAUUUGCGGGGCUCGGAUAUCAAAAAAGAAAAAGAAGUUCGUAUACGAGUCGCGUUCAAGCGUGCAGUUAGAAGGCGCUGAGUUAGCUCUAUACGAAGAGGUGGCUAGAACUCCGCCUUUCCUUCGUAGGACUCUCGCCCUUGUGGGCACUCGAGGUGUAGGACGACGCACUAUCAAGAAUAGGAUGAUACAAGAGCACCCUGAUAGGUUCGGUGUCGUCGUACCACAUACGUCCCGUCCUCCUAGACCUAUGGAAGAGAACGGACAGUCGUAUUGGUUCGUGUCCCGCGAGGAAAUGGAACGAGACGCUCAUGCGGGACGAUUCUUGGAAUACGGCGAGCACAAUGGACACUUGUACGGGACGCAUCUCGACUCCAUACGGGCCGUCAUAAAGGAAGGUAAAAUGUGCGUCCUCGAUUGCGCACCGCAAUCAUUGAAACUGCUACACAACAGCAGUGAAUUCUUGCCCUACGUGGUGAUGAUAUCGGCGCCGGGCAUCGAGCAGUUACGGAACCUUACCUACGCCUCCAAUAGAAACUUGACGUUCGACCGGCAGAGCUCCAUUCGAUACAGCUCGCGGCGCGCGCGCACCCUCGAGUCUCUGGCUUCACUCUACGAGGAGGAAGAUAUGAAGCAAACGUUGGAAGAGAGCGCCCGCAUACAACGCCAAUACGAGAAAUACAUCGACCUAGUGAUCACAAACAACAAUAUGGACACUACCUACUCUAAGAUUAUGGACGCCUUGCAUUCUCUCUCGACGGACCAUCAGUGGGUGCCCGUGAGUUGGAUCUACUAGUGUACACGAAAUUGAUUAGCCUAAAGUUCGGUAUUGCCAUUGUUAUAACUUACAACGACCUAAGCACCAAAAUUACCACUAUCAGUCACAGAUUUUUUACUGGUAACAAUAAUUUAUAGCAGCCAAACUUGCAAUAAAUCAUUAGAAUAGUAGUUUGACAUUCAUAUGAAUAGAUGUAUAUCGAACUUUUUCGCCUAUACCUAUUCCAUUCAUGUUGAUUAAUCUGGAACUUGUUCUAUCGUCAAGCAUAUCAUACCAAGUUUUAUAUCAAUGUUAACAAGCAGUUUAUCUAACAACAUGCUUUGAUUAUGUAUUUUUACAAUCCAUUCAAAUUAAAAAUAAACAGUCGUUCAAACUUAUAUCUGUGGUGAUACUGUACGUUCAUGACGUGUAAACAGACUGCCGCUGAAAUGUCGAUAAAUUGUAUAUUAGUAUUAUUUAGCAACUACUUGCUUCUCAUUAACGUUUAAGAACUUAUGCAGCUAAUGAAAUUUUAACACUGCCACUUCAAAAAAAAAAUUUGUAAAACGAAUCUAUUCCUACAUUAUUAUUUUUUUAAAAUUAACCAGUUCUCCAGUCAUUCUUGACUAUUUAUUUUGUCACUUAUAAAUUAGAGUAUAUUUAAAAGUACCAUCAGUUAGCCAAAUUAUUAUUUUUUAAUUAUCACAAGCUAUUUUUAAUAAGCACUAUGUUGUAGGUGAAAUUGUAUUGAAUAAGUAAGUUUAUUUGGCCAUCUUGUUGCAUCUGUUUGAUGUAUUAUUAAUUAAGUAAGUUAAAAAAUAAAAGUCUUCCCGCACUAUUCUUACAGUAAAAUCUGAAUUUAUAAUGAUAAGAACUUUAGUAAAAAUAUUACAAUAGUAAGAAUUGAAUAGCUAUAAUUGAUAGUUGAGUUUUAAAAGAUUGAGUUAAACUGAACACAAAGAGGUCAGCACUUACCAUUAAUAAUAAUCUUAAUUAUAAAUGAAAAAUAUACAUUAAUGCUGACAAUGUGUUAAACUAGUUUUAUUGGGCAUUUUUUCAUUUCACAACGAGGUAUUUUGCAAUAUUUUUAUGAUAAUUUGUGUAGAAUAAGGGUUUUCAAAAUAACCCUGUUUCGUAGUAGUAUUUUUCCUGAUAUUGUACGUGAAACGUAAAUUGAACUUUUGAUAAAUACAAUAGCUUUAUAAUUAAAUAGUAAACUACUUAUUUAUAAAAGCUGUAAAGGCUACUAUUGCAAGAGUUAUAGUGAUAGUGCGGGUCUAACGAUUAGUAUAAGUAAACAUAUUUUUUCAAUGUUUUGUUAUUGUGCCACGACACUUGAUUCUUUUAUAUAUUUAGUAGGACAAAGCAAGUCAUUCCAAUCUCUCAAACGGCCGCACUUAGAAAUGGCUAUUAAUGUUCAAGUUAAAGUUAAUGCUGUUACAUUAUUUGCGAUAGUAACAAUAUAAGACGCUACGUCAUUAUAAACAUUAAAUUUAAUUGACGACUCUAAAUGCUGCCGUAAAUAAUUUAAAAUAGAUUAUGCGUAUUUCUUGUUACCGCACUUGAAUAUUGUAUAAGUCUUUACGCCUCUUUACUGUCAAAUUUCAAAAUCUACCUCUCAUCUUUUCUUACACAUGUUUCGAAUUUUAGAAUUAAAUCCCACCUGUAUAGAAUUAAAGCGUUUGGCGUUAAACUAGUAUCUUGCAAAAUGGCCUACCGUAUUUGUAAGCUUUUAAAGACUAGAUUAAAUAAAUAAUUAAUUUGAUAUUUUUCAUCAAGGGUAUUUAUUUAUAUAUGUACGUGUUAUAUUGAAUUUAAUUAUAAAAUUGAACUUUGAUAUAAAUUAUUGCUAAAAAAACAUCGUUUUAACCAUAACCAGCUAAUCGAAAAGUAUUUGGUGUAGCCGUAGUAAAUUGGUAUUAAAAUUGAACUUUCGAAACACUGAGCAGCGAGAAAAAAUAUGUUUUUGUCCACCCAUCCCAUGACCGGCCUUUGCGAAAUUUGCUUAACUUCUACGAUUGUAGACUGAACAUAGCCACUGCGCCAUUGAGUUACUCUCUCUCGAGUUACUGUAGCAUUUAUACAUUAAUAUUGAAAUGGAAGUAUGCAUUAGCUCUCAACACAUAGUAGGUAUUAAUAAACAAUAACUCGUGACAGACGGUGCAAUAAAACGUGCAAAUGAGACAGCGCAUCUCAUGUUCUCUCCCGCACUUACAUUAUUUAUGGGUGACGUCACAAAGACGUAGAGAUGGGCGGUGUAUGCUUACACAUGUUUAUCGAUAACAAUGUGUUAUAAUAAGUAAGGUUUUAUUUAAUAAAUUGUUUAUUUUUUUCUCCCUUUACUUGAGGCGAUAUUAACGCAAUUGGAUUUGGCAAUGACAAGGCGGUAAACGAUGCGAUGACUCAUGCAAAAUGCAUUUUAUCAACAGUUCUCUGAAAUUGAACGUACGCAUCUCUAUAACAAUUUA